AUGUCUGCAAUUGUAGCAACAGUGUUAAAAGGAACCAUUGGCCUUCUCAUAAAGAAAGGCCUAAAACGUGCAUCAGAAAAACUAAAGGAUGGCGACGUUACAGACCAACAAUUACAAAGCUGGAUUAUGGACGAAACAGACAACGUGAAAUCGAAGCUAGAUGCAAUGGCGAGGAAAGAUCUCGGGGCAAGUAUAUCCUUUUUCCGGGAGGGAUUAGUGUUGCUUGAUAAAGCAGUGGAUGCGAGAACCCGGGACGAAGGCGGUUCAAAAAAUGUGAAAGGGGCCAACCAAGUCAAAAGCAGUACAAAAGUCAGUCCUGAAGCAGCGAAAAAGGGACGAUUUUGGUCCAAGUGGUUUUCUUCAGUUGCUUCUCCAACGAAAAGCCUCGUGGACCAAGGUAAAAACGAAUUAUCUCUUAUUACGAGGGAACUUGACGCCGAAGCAAUCGUUGACGCAAAGAAGAGGUUUGAAGAUGCUCGACGGAAAGCAACGGAGGCUUUUAACAAUGAAGUCCUCAGCCCUUUGGACCGUAUCCUUGCCAUGGGUGUUCGUCUAAUGGCAACAAUACUGGAAAAAGUUGAAACUCCAGUGAGUACAUUAGACGCGUGUAUAUCUGGCCUCAACGAACUACACUCGAUGCCGUUUGUUACAGAGAAUUUUAGUGUUGAAAUCGAGAAGGGAAUCAAGUCAAGAUUUAGCAAGGUUGAGCGAAGGCAAAUCAUUUCCUCCGUCUGUCAAAUAAAUCGUACCAUUUACGAUUUCACGUUAUUGGUGGGUAGUGAAGAAUGGAUCAUGUUUUGGCCCUGCAUUGAAACCGGAAAAGAGAAGGUCGACCCCCUUCGUGAUUCAAGAGUGGCAAACAUACUGUGUAAGCAAGAGAUAAGCGAUUGUUCUUUAGCUUGGUCAUUUGGUCAGGAGGGCGCACAAGAGCUUCAAAACCUCAAGUCAGCGGUUAGUAUAGCAACAAAUACCCUCGGGCAGUUCCUUGUUGCCGACUCAACUGGCAACGAAUGUGUGAAAAUAUUUGACGCCACUGGUAAGUUUGUAAAAUCCUUUUCUCCUACAGAAGAUAAACGCAUAAUACACAACAGAAAAAUCAUCGCUGUAGGUACUGACAAUGACGACAACAUUUACGUGCUGAUGACCAAAAACGAAAAAGCGGAGAGAGUUUCUAUGGCUAGCAUGCUCCUCUUCAACCAUCACGCUCAG